UAGUAGAAACACCCUCCCAUUUUCCCGUAUUUUCAAGUUUCCACCCUGACUGCAGAAGCAAUGGCUGCUGCAAAACCGGCCGGGAUAUGUUUUCUCAUGUUCUGCAUUGUUUUCUUGACAUUUCCGAUUUUUCCCUCCAUUGCCUUCGCCAAUGAACAUGCUUUGGUUGUUGGGCAGUCUACUAUACUGCAAGUAUCUCCCUGGUUGGCCGUGGAAAAUUCUCCAGGUUCUAGGCCUGGCACUGCAGUGUUAUGUGAAAGAGUUCAAAUCCGUGGGUUAUCGAGGAUUAAAAAUCUACGGAAGUUUUCCCAUUCAGUGAAGGUGAAAGUUUCAGUAACGAACUCAAGCGCCAGGCUGCCUAAUGUUGAGGUUUGUUUCCACAGGAAUGAAUCUCUUGGGAUAGGAAUGUGCCCACAAGGCCAGUGGGAGAAGCUUACCAAAGGUCCAUGGGUGCGAUCCAUGUCACCAUUUGACCAGAAGGUCUUAGAUAUACGGAUGGCUCCUUCAUCCUUUCAAACCCUUGACUUGUCCAUUGAAGAAGAAUUUUUCUUAUAUCGCAUAGUAUUUUUAGUUUUGGGGAUGGUUAUGUUGAUGCUAGCAUUCUUCUUGAGCAAGUCAUUGGUUUUCUACUACACCAGUGCAAUGGCAAUUGGGGUCCUCCUCGUGAUAUUGAUGGUCCUUUUUCAGGGGAUGAGGCUUCUCCCAACUGGCCGAAAGAACUCACUUGCUAUUUUUGUAUACUCAUCUCUUGUUGGUUUGGGAUCAUUUUUCCUCCGCUACUUGCCUGGAUUAUUGCAUUCAAUACUUGUGGAGAUAGGAAUCAGUGAAGACAUGUACAAUCCUUUGGCAACAUUUCUGCUGAUUUUUGUUGUUGUGGCUGGAGCUUGGUUGGGCUUCUGGGUUGUCCGCAAACUUGUCUUAACAGAAGAUGGAUCCAUUGAUAUAAGCACAUCUCAUUUUGUUGCAUGGUCCAUCCGGUCUGUGGCUGCUGUUAUGAUUCUUCAGAGUUCUCUGGAUCCCCUACUGGCAGCAGGGGCACUGAUAUGUGGCAUAUUGGUCUCCGGGAUAUUGAGAAGAGUUAUCAGAUUGAGAUUUUUCCAUCACCUGUACAAGAAUUUAUUCAGAACACCCAAGAGCAGCCAGAGAAGAUCUCAGAUUCCAGAUUCAUUACCAUAUGAAGAUCCUGAUGGUACAUAUCCUUACAAUGUUCAAAGGCCCGCAAAACCUGAAAGUUUUAGGCCACAGUACAAGCCCUUCACUCUCACAUCAUGCAAUUCUCCUAUCCGAGGCUUAUCAAGAACGCCCCCUGACCCACCAUCUGCUUCAGAGACUUACUAUUCUACGUUCCAUAACACCCCUGAAAGGGGAAAAUUCUCAAAAGAUGAGUGGGAAAAUUUCACCAGAGAAUCAACAAAAAAAGCCUUAGAAGAGCUCGUUGCCUCUCCAGAUUUCAGCAAAUGGGCUGUUGGCAACGCAGAAAGAAUCACCCUAACUCCCAACAAAGUGAGGCCCGGUACCAGUAGUAAUGCGCAGCGGAGGUGGUUUCUUUGGUUUUGAGUGGUUGAAGAAAAGGCAGCCCACGUGUAUCUUCAACUGAGGACAAUGCAGAGACGCGUUUUGUGAUAUUAAUGAACCCAAUGAUUUCGAAGUAAAUGGGUGAUAUCAAUAUGUUGUAAAAGUAGUGGGUAACGGAUGGAUUGAACCUCAAAAACUCGACUUUGACUCCUAACCAAACCUUAGUAGACUUUAUGUUAAACAUUACAUUUGGUGCUGAAACGUUGGUGCAUUACUUUCUCUCAAACUGGUUCCCUAUUUGAUUGGUAUUAGGGUCACCUCCAUAUUAUACAGUAGUAUUAAUUUGUAACGUAAAUUGUAGAUAAACAUAUGAUAAUAAGUGGUCAGUAACUAAGAAAGCUAUGUAUAGCAAAAGGCAUAAUUUCGGAACUCUGUAGAAGUUACAACAUCAUUAAUCAAAUCUUCAACUCUAUCUUUCACUUUGAUUUUGUAUGGUGAACUGUUUUUGAAAGCGCGUAACCCCACAUUGGCGGCCAAAAACAGAAUAUGAGAAAUCAAUUAUUCCCGCGUGCGAAUAUAAUGGAGAAGUACGUAAGCUGGUGGGAAAGCUGGAAACUUUGUGGCGUCGCUGGAGGAGAAGCGCGUGCAAUCCUCUGCUAUCUUGGGGUGGAUUCUGUUAAAAGGAAAAGCGAAGUAAAAGCACAGCGUUAUAUUCCCGAAAGGACUGCUACUAGAGCUUUCAUAUCCUAUUCCAACCCAUCUCUUUCCCCAAUUCCUCUCUAUAAAACCCCUCUCCUUUCUUUUAUCAAACCCCAGUUCUUGUUUUCCGCAGAAAUUAUACGAAAAAAGAGAGAUGAGUUACUACAGUCAGCAGCAGCCUCCUGUUGGAGUUCCUCCUCCUCAAGGUUAUCCAGUUGAAGGGUAUCCAAAGGAUGCGUAUCCCCCACCAGGGUACCCUCCGCAGGCGUAUCCUCCUCCGCAAGCGUACCCUCCUCAGUACGCCCAGCCCCCUCCCAAGAACGAAACCGGCGGUUUCCUCGAAGGAUGUUUGGCGGCGCUGUGCUGUUGCUGUCUUCUAGAUGCUUGCUUCUGAGUUCAGGGUGAAACAUUGAGCAACUCAGCUGGGGUCUUCCAUUCAUUGUUGAUCUUUCCCAAUACAUUCGGUCACGUGUUUAUAAGGGACAUGAGUGUUGUUGCAGGAUGAUAUUUGGAAUACUAAUAUUUAAUACAGCCUCUCUUGUGUGCUAAAAAUUUCAUUAUAGACUUAACCUCUGUCCUUUAUGCGGUUGUGUUUAUGACUAUAUGGUUUGUAAUCAUGUUGGCUCCAAAUUAAGCCGCUAGGCCCCUUUUUUGCUA